AUGGUAGUUCAAAAAUUAUGCAACCUCAUCAAAGGUAUUGAUUUAUUUGGUGUGCCUGUUGCUUUAGUGAUGAACAAAGAGACUCACUAUAAAAGCUUAGCAGGUUCUAUUAUGAGUAUAAUCGCAAUUAUCUUCAUCUUCGCAUUCUUUUGGCAAAAUUUUUUAAGCUUUGUUAAAAAGGAUAGGGCAUAAUUCACUAUAGAUAAUCAGUACUAAUAAUCUCCUGACUUAAUUUAACUAAAUGAAAAUAGUUUUAUGUUUGCUUUAGGGUUCGAACAACCAAAUAAUGACUUUACUAUAUAUCCCUUUUUUAAUAUUACUGUGAUUUAAACCUAUUAUAUUAUGGAAGGAGGUACAAAAAAAACUUAAAUUAUUUACUUAGAUAUGGAGCCUUGUUCUGAAAAGCACUUUAGUUUAAUGGGUCAAGAUAAAUAUAGUAAAAUAACUAUUUUAAACAGUAGGAAUUUUCUUUGUCCUAGUUUAGGCUAAAAAAUAGAGGCAUAGGGCCUAUACACAAAUGAUUUGUUUUCUUUUAUUAAGAUAGUGGUUACAAGGUGUGAUCCUAAUUUCAAGAAAUAUGAUAAACGAACUUGGAAUCCACUAGAUUGUGGUACUCAGAGCAAUUACGACGCAUAUAUAAAAUAUGUUUAAAGACCAAGAUUUAUUUUUUAUACUACUAAUUUUAACAUUAUUCCUGCAAAUACAAACAAAUAUGCUUAGGGUUAUAUUUAGGAUUAAUAAAGUUUUACAUUUUCACCUAAUUUUAUGGUUAAAAGUGCAGAUAUUUAUAUCAAAAAAAAUAUCAUUCACACAGAUGAAAAUGUUAUACUCACAAAAAACCCAAGAGAAGAAACCUAUCUUACUCUAAAUAUCGAUGAAAUAAAAGAAACUUCUGACUAUAUCACUGGUAGUAGUACUUUUGUAACGCUCUACUUAAGAAGAAGUCCUUAUACUAUCACUAUAAACCGUUCCUUUACUAAAAUAGCUGAGCUAAUGAUCCAAAUAGGAGGUUUGAUAAAGUGCGUAUUUCUUGUGUUAGGAUUUUUUUUAGCGAAAUACAAUAGAUUUAAUUUUCGAUUAGAAUUGGCUAAUAAAUUAUACGAAUUUAACAUCUUAAACUCCCAAAAGAACAAAGGCGAAAAGCAACAAAAUAAUAAAAUAACUAUUUCCUCUAUAGAGCAAAUCAUGGAAAAUCAACUCCUUUGCAAUCCAAGCUAAAAAAAUUUAAGUUAAAAUAACUAUUCACAAAAAGAUUUUGAUAGAUAAAAUGCAAAUAAGUAACCUUAAAGUGGUGAAUAAGAAUCUAACGUUAUCAUCUAAGAUAAAAUCAAUUUAAAUGAAGACAAGAAUACGAUAAAUUUUAACCAAGUUGAGCCAAUAUCUGCUGGAGGUCCACAAAAAAGUAUAGAAAUUCUUCGUUAAGCCUAAAAAUAAAAUUAGAAAUCUAUAUUAUUAGAUUAUGUUUAGCGAAUUGCUGAUAAAAGUGUUAAAAUAAAAGGGUCUAUCAGCUAUUUCUUGAAUUACUUAACAUUUGGGAAAUGCCUUAAAACAGAAGAGAAUUUAUUAAUAAAAAAAGCGCAAGAAUACUCAAAAAUAGAUUUAGAUAUUUAUGUAAUACUUGAUAAACUUUAAGAAAUAGAAAAACUAAAAAAGAUAAUUUUUUCGCCAGAACAAAUAACUUUAUUUAACUUCAUUAAAAAGCCUGUUAUAAAAAAUGAAAAUUAAAGCAGUAAAAACAAAGUAUAAAUAGAAAAUAAAACUUUGCCAGCAAAAUCUAAAUUUGUGCAUUAACUUUAUUUAAAACAAGAUAAAGAUUAAUAACAAUAAAUAUUAGCUGAUAACAAUCACUUUAUGAAAGAAAGAGAUACUUUUACCACAUUUUAAGCUUACAAAAACCUCUUUGAUGCUUAUAAGGUAAUCAAAAACUCAGAUGAGUAGAAAGAUGAAAUGUAAAAUUCACUUUUCUCUUCUGGAUUCAAUUUUAAAAAUAUAAAAAAUUAAAGAUAAAAUCAAAAGCUCAUCAAAGAGUUAGGAGAAGAAAUAUAAAAUCUAUUUGAGCUCUAAAGCGUAAUAAGUUAAAAAAAUAUUGGAAAUUCAGAGAUAUCGCAGACUAAUUUAGAAACAAAUAAUUAAUUUUAGAUGUUUUUACAGCUCUCACCAUUAAAUAAAAACCAUAGAUAUAAAUGUAACAAAACAAAAUAGGAUUAAAAUAAGAUUAGCAAGUAUAAACCUGAAAAAUAAAAUUAGAAUGGAUAACAAAUUUAAAGUAAGUAGUAAAUUGAUUUAGUACCAGAUACAAAAAAUAACUCUUUAAAUUAUGAGAAAUAACUUGAAGAUUAAGAAUAGGGAGGAGGAUUAGUAAUUUAAUAAAAAUAUUAAUAAUCAUUAUUUAGUUAACAUAAGUUAGAAAAUGCUUUGAGUAGAAAUAAAGAAAAUUAAAAUGAAUUAGCAUCAUCUUAAUUUAGUAACAGCUUGACUGUCCCAGAGUAUAAAAAUAAAAAUUUACAAGCCAAUUCUCUUAAUGAUUCAGAUAUUAAUUUCAAAGAAAUUUCAUUUAAUAAAAAUCUUGUACUUUAAUUAAAGCAUAAUCCAAAUGACCUAUAGCAUAAUUUUUAAAUAAAAACUAAUAAUAAUAUAGAAGAUACAAAUAGCUGA